UCUCCGUCGUUCGCGAAUCGAGAAAAACAUAAAGAAAUAAUUUUUUUCCGUUCAUAUUUUAGUCUUUUCCCGUGAUUUGGUGAUAAAAGUGUUGUUCGCGUCACGGUAAAUCGGCAUGAAUGCUUCACGCAAUUAAGACAGCAUUCGCCAGACGAUUGAAAGCUACAAUUUUAACUGGCAACAAUCCGACGACGACGACAAAUAAUUUGAAUCACAAUAAAAAUAAAAACAAUAAAAAUAGUGAAAAAAGGUACGACGACGCGAAAUCUGUCGCGAAACAUAAAAAAAUGAGUGAAACCGUGUCAAAGUCUUCGUCAAAUAACUCGAGCACUGCGCCAGCCAACAACAAUGGCGAGUCUACGGAACUCAUUAAAACUGGCUGGCUCCUCAAAUGGACAAAUUACCUGAAAGGCUACCAGAAACGCUGGUUCGUCUUGUCGAAUGGCGUGCUCUCCUACUACAGGGCUGAACAUGGAAGCGGAGCAAACUCUCGUAUUACCGGGGGUAAAUUAUCGAUUCGUCGUCGCCGCAAAGGCAACAGAUCCGAAAAUCAAGCGGAAAUGGCACAAACGUGUCGCGGGACAAUUUCCUUGCAUGGAGCUUUGAUACACACAGUUGACUCGUGCACUUUUGUCAUAUCGAAUGGCGGAACGCAGCAAUUUCACAUAAAAGCAGCCAACGAGGUUGAACGACAAUCAUGGGUGACGGCGAUGGAAUUGGCAAAGGCCAAGGCAAUUCGCGCCAUGGAAAGCGAAGAAGAGGAAGAAGAUGAAGCCACAACUGCCAUCGCGAGUGAAGAGCUUACAAAUGUUGUGCGGGAACUCGUGUUAAAACUCGAAAACUUGAAAACCUGCUACGAUCUAAUAACGAAGCACGGAGUCGCGCUACAACGAGCCCUCACAGAGCUUGAAACGGGCGACGAUCUUGCCAGCAAAAAUAAAAUUGUCAAUGAACGUGCCACACUUUUCCGCAUUUCCUCGAAUGCCAUGAUAAAUGCAUGUACCGACUAUUUGCAAACCGCACAAACGCAAGGACAUCGAUGGACAAAGAUGUUGCAGCACGAACGCGAUCAACGCCUACAUCUCGAGGAAAUGGUCGAACAACUUGCGCGACAACAUUCGCAUUUGGAGCAAGCGGCACAUCGCCAAUCAGCGAGACCACUCGCUACUGGCGCCACAUCUGCCUCAGAUGAUGAUGAAAAUGAGUUUUUCGAUGCACAGGAAGGUGCAUCGAUAGCGUCGCAAGAGGACCAAUCGUUCGUAAUUAAAAUUCCGCUGUCGACACAUCGAAGAAACUCAAAUCCAGACGUUACGGGAAGCUCCUCGGAGGGCGAAGAGGGAAGCAGUGAAACGCAGCAAGUUCUUGUAGUUGCGGAAAAUCAAGAUAAACUUCAGGCAAUGGAUCAAACAGAUCGUGUAUCAAUAAAUAGCUCGACACCGUUGGUGACAACGCCAAAGGCUGUGAAAAAACGACGAACUCGUGUCCCGGAAAAGCCCAAUUAUCCACUCAAUUUGUGGUCAAUCAUCAAAAAUUGUAUAGGAAAAGAUUUAUCGAAAAUUCCAAUGCCCGUUAAUUUUAACGAACCGUUGUCCAUGCUACAAAGAUUGGCUGAAGACUUCGAAUACGCCGAAUUGCUUGACAAGGCAGCACAAUGCAAAGAUCCAUGCGAACAAUUAGCUUACGUCGCGGCAUUUACCAUUUCCAGUUACUCAACCACGAGUAAUCGCACGGGAAAGCCGUUCAAUCCGCUGCUCGGCGAAACAUUCGAGUGCGAUCGCACCGACGACUUGGGAUGGAAACUCAUGUCGGAACAAGUUUCGCAUCAUCCGCCAAUGGCGGCGCAAUUUUGCGAGGGUCGCGGUUGGCGAUGCUGGCAAGAAUUCACAAUGACAUCGAAAUUCCGCGGAAAAUACAUCCAAGUAGUGCCUCUCGGACAUGCACACGUCGAAUUCCCAGCCACAGGCAACAAAUAUUCGUGGCGCAAAGUAACGACGACGGUGCACAACAUCAUUGUCGGCAAAUUGUGGGUCGAUCAUCACGGCGACAUGGAAAUUGUCGGACUAAAUAAUGCGGAGGGCAUCAAGUGUCACCUGAAAUAUUUGCCGUAUUCGUAUUUCACGCGAGACACGCAGCGACGCGUCAAGGGUGUCGUCAUGGAUCGCUCGAAUCAGGUCAAAUGGGUGCUGAAUGGCACGUGGGAUACGAAGAUGGAGUUGGCGCCUGUGACUUCGACGAGCGGAUCCAUUGAGAAUCCCGUUUAUAAGACCGGCAAUUACAAGACAAUCUGGACAAGACGUCUGCCGCCCGAAGAUUGCGAUAGAUAUUACAACUUUACGACGUUCGCGUGUCAACUUAAUGAGCCAGAACCUGAUGUAGCGCCAACAGAUUCACGUUGCCGUCCCGAUCAACGACUUAUGGAGAAUGCCAACUGGAACGAAAGCAAUGUGGAGAAAGUGAGACUUGAGGAAAAUCAACGAGCACGUCGCCGACAACGAGAAGCUGAGGCAGAGCAAGCUGCUGCCGAGGGACGCCCCUAUCCGCCAUACGAGCCCGUGUGGUUCGAAAAGAAGCAGGAACAAGGCACCGAUCAACUCGUUCACGUCUUCAAAGAGCAAUAUUGGGACUGCAAAGCCAAACAAGACUGGUCACGAUGCCCAGAUAUUUUUAACUAAGAAAAACUCGCGCAUGACAUAUAAAUCAACUUUUUAUGAAGAAUGAAAGAAUUGUGUGCUUCAUAACUCUUUUUUUUGUAUGUGUCACUGUCAAAUUAAUCGUCUUUCCUUGAUUCGGCUUUGCUAAAAAAAAAAAAAUACGACAAAAAUUGAAAUAAAUCAUUGUAAAAAUUUAAAAUAAAAAAAUACAUAAUAAAAAAUUGUAAUGAAAUACCGCGAAAUAUUUUUCUAGAAAAUAAAAAAAAAAUAUUUAAUUAAUAAAAAAUGAGCAGACACCAAUUUGCUUAGGCUUAGGAUUCAAAAAAAAAAAUAUUCCAAAAAAAUUAAUUCAUUUGAAUUAUUUUAAUAAAUAUUUCGUACCACAACAAAAACAGGACGAUUCCAAAAAAUUGUAAAAAAAAAUGU